GAAAGCAAGGAGACAAAAAGUAGAAAAGAAAAAAAGUAGAAGAAGAAACCGUUCAGAAUUAAAAAUUAAAAGGCGAAGCUUCACUCUACUGUAAUGGUCAAGAUUCAGUAUCAAUUUCCUAACUGUUACUUUUCUCUCUCACUUACACUACUUUUAUCUCUCCGAAUUCCGUAGUUCACUGUGAGAUAUCGACAAUCUAUCUCUUGAAGUUUCAUUUACGCAUGUUCAAAUCUAGAGGCGCGGCUCUGCCAGAAAAUACUCAUAUCUCUAAACAUCUGGGAUUCUGGGGCGUUGUAAUGGACAAGGUAUGACUGCAGAGGUUUGCUCGAGGCUUUAGAACCUAAAAUCUAUGCACAGGUGACGGAAGUCCCUGUACUCAGGGGAUGGUAAUGCAAGGGUACAUUUACUGGUUCCUUCUUUUGGUACAUCUUUGUACAGCCACCUUUUCUGUUAGUAAAGAGCAAUAUAGAGAUGAGAAUAGCCUCUCUCUAAAUUGGCUCUAUAACUCUGGAUCAAUUUCAAGCAAUGGCUCUAAAAUUGGCACAUUCAGCUCCGCACAACCAAGAAAAUUUUCUUUCUUUCCAAACUAUCGUGUAUCUUGUGAGGAUCUUGAUGGAGUUGGCUCAUUUAAUCUCACCUGCUUGCUGAAGUCAAGCUUGUAUUUGAAUUCUGAUCUUUACGUAUAUGGUACUGGAAAUCUGGAUAUACUGUCCCAUGUUUCAAUUGUGUGCCCUUUAGAAGGCUGUAUGAUUACUUUCAAUAUGUCCGGAAAUGUUAAACUCGGUCAAUAUGCGUCCGUUGUUGCUGGUUCAGUUGGUUUUGCUGCUGCCAACUUGACCAUGGAUCAUGGCUCGUCUAUAAAUACAACUGCCUUAGGGGGGCCUCCACCUCCUCAGACUAGUGGAACACCGGUUGGUUAUGAUGGAGCUGGUGGAGGUCAUGGCGGCCGUGGUGCUUCUUGUCUGGCAAAGAAUAAGACAAAUAACUGGGGUGGUGAUGUUUAUGCUUGGUCAACCUUGGCUGAGCCAUGGAGUUAUGGAAGUAAGGGUGGUGGCACAUCUCCUAAGAACAAGUUUGGGGGGAAUGGCGGAGGACGUGUCAAGCUUAAUGUGAGGGAAAUACUAUACCUGAAUGGAUCUGUCACAGCAGAAGGUGGGGAUGGUGGACUAAAUGGAGGAGGUGGUUCUGGUGGAAGUAUCUUUGUGCAUGCAGUAAAGCUAAAAGGAUAUGGUAUCAUCAGUGCAGCAGGUGGGAGGGGAAGAGGUGGAGGUGGUGGUGGAAGAAUUUCUCUUGAUUGUUACAGCAUACAAGAAGACGUUAAAGUUACUGUUCAUGGUGGCCCUAGUGUUGGCUGUCCCGCAAAUGCUGGUGCUGCUGGUACAUUCUUCAAUGCAGAUUUACUAAGCUUAAGAGUUGGCAAUGAUAAUGUUACAACAGAAACAGAGACCCCUUUGCUUGAUUUUUCUACUACACCUCUUUGGUCAAAUGUUUUUGUGGAGAAUAAUGCAAAAGUAUUGGUGCCACUGCUUUGGACUAGAGUGCAGGUCAGAGGCCAAAUUGGUGUAUAUCGUGGAGGCAGUAUUGUCUUUGGAUUAUCUGCAUACCCAGUAUCAGAAUUUGAGCUUGUGGCUGAAGAACUUCUGAUGAGUGAUUCCAUAAUAAAGGUUUUUGGCGCAUUUAGAGUUGCUGUUAAAAUGUUGCUCAUGUGGAACUCGAAGAUUGAGAUUGAUGGAGGGGGGAAUACUGUUAUUACUGCUUCCAUCCUUGAAGUCAGAAAUCUGAUUGUUCUACGGGCUUACUCGGUCAUUAGCUCGAAUGCAAAUUUGGGUGUAUAUGGGCAGGGGCUACUGAAGUUGACAGGUCAUGGUGAUGCAAUCAAGGGCCAGCGACUUUCCCUCUCUCUUUUCUAUAAUAUAACAGUUGGACCAGGUUCUUUGUUACAGGCUCCCUUGGGUGAUGAUGCAAGCCGAAGUGUGGUUAUGCAAUCACUAUGUAAGAGUAGGGAAUGCCCAAUGGAUUUGAUAACUCCUCCAGAUGAUUGUCAUUUCAAUUAUACGCUAUCUUAUUCACUUCAAAUUUGUCGCGUUGAGGAUCUCCUUGUGAGUGGCAUUGUUAAGGGAAGCAUUAUCCACAUCCACAGAGCUAGAACUAUCAUUGUUGAUACUAGCGGAUUCAUCACUGCGUCAGGAUUAGGUUGCAGUGAAGGUAUUGGAAAAGGGAAUUAUUCGAAUGGAGCUGGUAGCGGUGCUGGGCAUGGAGGACGGGGAGGCUCAGGAUAUUUCAAUGGGAUUUUGAGUGAUGGUGGUAAUAAAUAUGGUGAUGCUGAUCUCCCUUGUGAGUUGGGAAGUGGAACUGAGGGUCCUGAUCAGUCUUAUGGAAAUGUGAUUGGAGGGGGAAUGAUUGUGAUGGGGUCCAUUCAGUGGCCAUUAUUAAAGCUUCAUCUUUACGGGUAUUUGAAGGCUGAUGGCCAAAGCUUUGAUAAAGCAUUAAUAAAUAGUAAUGGUUCCAUGAUUGGUGGGCUUGGUGGAGGUUCUGGUGGGACAGUCCUUCUUUUCCUUCAGGAACUUGUGCUUGCUGAGAACUCAUACCUGUCUGUCCUAGGUGGGAGUGGUGGUCCUCUUGGUGGUGGUGGAGGUGGAGGUGGAAGAGUUCAUUUUCAUUGGUCUAAGAUAGAGAGUGGGAAUGAAUAUAUUCCAGUUGCAAGUAUAAAUGGCUCAAUCAAAAUUAGUGGAGGUGCUGGUGAUAAUGGCGGUCUUUUGGGGGAAGAAGGCACUGUUACUGGAAAGAAAUGUCCUAAAGGUCUUUAUGGCACAUUUUGCAAGGAAUGCCCUGUUGGCACUUACAAAGAUGUUGAAGGUUCUGAUGAAAGUCUUUGCGUUCUUUGUUCACUUGAGCUUCUUCCUAAUCGUGCAAAUUUUAUAUAUGUGCGAGGGGGAGUUACCCGGCCAUCUUGUCCUUAUGAAUGCAUAUCUGACAGAUACAGGAUGCCCAAUUGCUAUACUCCUCUUGAGGAGCUCAUGUAUACAUUUGGAGGCCCUUGGCCUUUUUCCCUUCUUCUCUCUUGCCUCUUGGUGCUUCUAGCUGUGUUGUUGAGUACACUGAGAAUAAAAUUGGUUGGCUCCAGUUCUGCUUGCCUUGCAAACUCAAUUGAGCACCAGAGUCAUCACCAUUUUCCACAUCUACUUUCCUUAUCGGAGGUACGGGGAACAAGAACUGAAGAAACUCAGAGCCAUGUCUACAGGAUGUACUUUAUGGGUCCCAACAAUUUUAGGGAACCCUGGCAUCUUCCAUACUCGCCUCCGGAUGCAAUUAUUGAGAUUGUGUAUGAAGAUGCUUUUAACAGAUUUAUUGACGAGAUCAACUCAGUUGCUGCAUAUGAUUGGUGGGAAGGUUCAGUCCACAGUAUACUUUCAGUGAUUGCUUAUCCUUGUGCCUGGUCUUGGAAACAAUGGAGGAGAAGAAAUAAAGUUCAUCGACUUCAGGAAUAUGUCAAGUCUGAAUAUGACCAUUCAUGUCUUCGUUCUUGUCGAUCACGAGCCUUGUACAAAGGGAUGAAGGUUGGAGCAACACCGGACUUAAUGGUUGCAUACAUUGACUUUUUUCUUGGUGGUGAUGAGAAGCGUUUGGAUAUUGUUUCUAUAAUACAGAAAAGAUUCCCCAUGUGUGUAAUUUUUGGUGGGGAUGGCAGCUAUAUGUCGCCCUAUAGUCUUCACAGUGAGGCAUUGCUGACCAAUCUUCUUGGACAGCAUGUCCCAGCUUCUGUCUGGAAUCGUUUGGCAGCUGGUUUAAAUGCUCAAUUGAGAACUGUGAGGCACAGUUCUAUCAGGUCUGCACUGCUUCCCGUCAUUGAUUGGAUCAACAGUCAUGCAAACCCUCAACUUGAGUUUCAUGGAGUCAAGAUAGAGCUUGGAUGGUUCCAAGCUACUGCUUCUGGUUACUAUCAGCUGGGUAUAUUAGUAAUGGUUGGCGAGUUCUCUCUCAACAAUUUGCAUCAGUCUGGUUUGCUUGAUGGAAGAAGUUAUGACCGCACAAGGAAGAAUGCAUCUUGUACAAGCAGAAGUGUAAAGCAGCUGCAACAAGAUCAGCCUUACAUAAGCCAAAUUUUAUCUCGUAAAAAGAUGACAGGAGGAAUUAAUGGAGGUCUCAUAAAUGAUGCUACUUUGAAGUCAUUGGAUUAUAGAAGGGACUUUCUCUUCCCAUUUUCUCGCUUAUUACACAAUACACGACCUGUUGGUCGACAGGACACUCUGCAGCUUUUCAUAACUAUCAUGCUUUUGGCAGACAUUUCUGUCACCGUUCUUACUUUGCUUCAGUUUUAUUGGAUAUCUCUUGGUGCUUUCCUUGCAGUCCUGCUUAUUCUUCCUCUUUCCUUGCUUUCUCCAUUUCCUGCUGGCUUGAAUGCUUUAUUCAGCAGAGAACCUAGAAAAGCUUCACUCUCUCGUAUAUAUGCAUUGUGGAAUGCUACAUCUCUAUCUAGUAUAGGUGUAGCCUUCAUUUGUGGCAUUUUGCACUCUGGAUUUUCUCCUCAUCCACCUGCCAAGGCAAACUCAUGGAAUAUUAGAAGCAGGGAAGAUGACAAAUGGUGGCUAUUGCCAACAAUUCUUCUGCUACUGAAGUCAAUUCAAGCUCGUUUUGUCGAUUGGCACAUCGCUAAUCUGGAAAUGCAAGACUUUUCUUUGUUCUGUCCUGAUCCAGAUGCUUUUUGGGCUCAUGAGUCUGGUUCUUGAUUUGAAGCUGAAUUAUGAUUGAAUCGGUCACGUUGAAGUUCAGAGAACGAAGAGGCCUCGUCUUCUGCUCGAACCAAGGUUCAAUUGCUUUAUCGUGUAAAUUUGUUCCCACUUUUGUAAAGAAUAGAUGACUAUAGCUGUGCAGUUGUUUGUCUAUUUGUAAGUAUGAUUGGUGCAGGAAUCGGUUGAAGGAAGUUAUGUCAGCAGCAAGGUUUGUCAAUGAGCGAGUUAUAAUUUCUGUUUAUAGAAACUACACUAGAUUGAGAAAUCAUUCUUUGUAAGAUAAACAUUUUUUUGGUGUUAAGUCUUCCAGGUAAUUCAGUA